AUGGGUAGCUCCGAAGAUGGCCCUGCAGCAAGUGCGACCGAGAAACAAGCAGUGCUGGAAGGACAAGAAAAGAGCGAAGGCAAAAAUGAUGGAAAGCCCACGCAGACUGCCUCGCUGGGUAACUAUUUCAGAGCCCUUUCCUACGCAACCGGGAAAGAUCGCCUUGUAUUAGCCGUGGCUUUGAUAUCAGCUAUUGCGUCCGGUGUGCCUUUACCCCUGAUGAACAUUGUGUUUGGGAAUCUUGUCGGUGAAUUCAAUGGAUACUUCAUGCCCGGCACAAGCGUCACCGAAGCGCAAUUCAAAGCGUCCGUCAACAAACUGAGGUAUAAAGGUCAAAAGAGUCUUGUUGUUCAUGUGCUGACUUCAGACAGUCUGUACAUUGUGUACCUGUUCAUAGCGAAAUUCUGCCUGACCUACUUCUCCAUGUUCUGCUUUCGCGUCACCGGUCUCCGAGUAUCAGCUGUUAUUCGACUGGAAUACGUCCAGGCCCUCUUCUCCCAGCCGAUCAGUAAAGUGGACCAAGUUUCGGUGGGCACAGUCACGAAUACCAUCACGACGCUGUCCAAUACAAUCCAGCAGAGCAUAUCGGACAAGCUCGCCAUUCUUUUUCAAUCCGUCGCUCUGUUACUCGCAGCGUUCAUCAUCGCGUUCAAGUAUUCAUGGGCCUUGACUCUCGUCACAAGUUCUGCGCUGCUUUUCGUGGUUGUCGGCUGCAGUGUGACUCUACCGAUCAUGACGAAAAUUCAGCAGAGGAUCGACAAGGCAGAUGAGAAGCAUUCCUCAAUUGCGGCCGAAGUAUUUGGGUCUAUUCGGACCGUGGUUUCCCUCGGUGCCCAGGAAAGUCUUUCCAAAAGAUAUGCCACCUGGGUGGAAGAAGCACGGAAACGUGGAAAUGGGCUGUCUUUCAUCUUAGGCAUCCACUUUGCUUUGGUGUUCUUUGCUCUGUACGCUAGCUUUUCCCUCGCCUUCUGGUUUGGUUUAAAGCUAUACAGGGAGGGCCACAUCAAGGAGAUCAACACAGUCAUCACAGUGUUCUUCUCUGUCAUGAUCGUGGUAAGUGUAUUAGGGAAUAUCGCAUCGCCCCUGAUUAUCGUGUCCAAAGCCGCCAGCGCUGCGGGCUCAUUCUUCGAGUUGAUCGAUUCCGAAAAGGUGGAUGCCGGGGGCCUUCGCGAACCCGAUGCCUCAGCCCAUGUCGAUAUAAUUUUUCGAGAUGUGCGCUUCACGUACCCUACACGACCAGACGUGCCUGUUCUCAAAGGACUAGACAUUCGGUUUCAAAAUGGGAAAACAACCGCAUUAGUCGGUCCCUCUGGCUCGGGGAAAAGCACAAUCGUUGCCCUGAUAGAACGAUGGUAUCAGUUGGCGAUGAGUCCAGAAGACCAGAACCAAGGGAGUAUCUACGCUGGGCCGCAUGAUAUCAACAGUCUGGACCUGAAAUGGUGGAGAUCGCAGAUUGGACUCGUUCAGCAGGAGCCUUUCCUUUUCAAUGAUACCAUCUUCAACAAUGUUGCAUUUGGCCUUAUCGGAACACAGUGGGAAAAGGAGCCUGACAGUGUGAAGAGGGAACUGAUCGAGAAGGCCUGUAGAGAGGCCUUUGCUGAGGAGUUCAUUCAGCGUUUACCAGAAGGCUAUGCAACCAUUGUGGGGCAGAGCGGUAUCAAAUUGAGUGGCGGUCAGCGACAGCGCCUUGCUAUCGCUCGGAGCAUCGUGAAAGAACCAAAGAUCUUGAUAUUGGACGAGGCGACGAGUGCCAUCGACGUUCGCGGCGAGAAGAUCGUACAGGCAGCCCUUGAUAGGGUUUCCAGAAACCGCACAACCAUCAUGAUUGCGCAUCGGCUCUCCACAAUUCGACGAGCAGAUCAUAUUGUUGUUAUGAAAGGAGGCGUGAAUGUCGAGGAGGGAACACACGAGGAGCUCCUCCAGCGAGAGGGUGGAGUAUACCGCGACCUUGUCAACGCUCAAAGGCUUGAACUGUUGGCAGAAGACGACAGCCACGCAGGCAACGCGAUGCUCGAGUUACACGAAGAGGCCCAGUCUCCCACCAUGUCUGUUCAAGAGAAGCUGCAAGAUGAAGAAAACAUCCAGGACAAAAGUCGAGGGUUUAUUAGGACUAUCGGGCUGCUACUGUAUGAACAACGUGCGCGGUGGCCGUUGUACUUGGCGGUCCUCAUCAGCACAGCUGGGGCUGGAACGGCUUUUCCACUUCAGAGCUGGUUAUUCGCAAAGCUCAUCGAAGUGUUUCGGUUUACGGGCCAAAAGCUGGUUGAUGCCGCCAAUUUUUGGGCCUUGAUGUUCUUUCUCCUCGCGCUCGCCGUUGGGGUUCUCUACUCUACGGUGGGAUUCACUGCCAAUUCUCUCUCAGUGAGGAUAUCUGAAGCAUGCCGAAAGGAGUAUUUCCAGAACAUCCUUGCGAAGCCUAUACCAUUUCAUGAUUUGAGCGAAAACGCUUCUGGCUCCAUUGUUUCCCGCCUCGCAACCGAUCCAAAGCAGGUUCAAGAGCUUAUCGGUCUAAAUGGUGCAUUGCCUCUCAUUUCAACAUUUAGCAUGAUAGGUUGCAUUGCAAUUGCCUUUUCCUUUGGAUGGAAGCUGAGCCUGGUGACGGUGUUUGCCGCCUUGCCAUGCACAUUCUUGGCUGCCUUUAUGCGCAUCAGAUAUGAACUGCAGUUCGAGGCAAUGAAUGCCGCGGUUUACGCAGGAAGUUCGCAGUUUGCAGCGGAAGCCAUUGAUGCAUUUCGGACAGUUUCAUCCUUGACGAUGGAGGACGCCAUCCUCGAUCGAUACACCCAACUCUUGCGGGAACAACAAAAGAAGGCUUUCCGCAAGGCGAGAUACGCAACUCUGAUAUUCGCUUUCUCAGAUAGCGUGGAGUUGUGCGCAAUGGCACUCACUUUCUGGUAUGGUGGGCAGCUUCUCGCCUCCAGGGAAUACCAACCGACCUCAUUCUUCGUUAUAUUUAUGGCGAUCAUCCAGGGCGGACAAUCGGCCGGCCAGUUCUUCAGUUUCGCAUCCAACUUUGCUCAAGCCGCUGCAUCCGCGAACAGGAUAUUGAACUCGCGCCCGCCACCAGGGGGGCUCGGCGCCGCGAGCAUCGAAAAGCAACAAGUCGUGCGUAGCGGGGACCGGACGGGGGCUAGUGUCGAGUUCCGUGACGUUUCUUUUAGAUACCCUUCACAGGAUGUCCCUCUUUUCACUGGACUUAAUGUUAGUAUUCAGAGCGGACAGUUUGUCGCCUUCGUCGGACCGUCCGGCUGCGGGAAAACCACUGUGAUCUCACUCCUCGAGAGAUUCUAUAGUCCGUCGCAGGGCACGAUCAUUUUCAACGGCGAAGACAUCCGUACCCUUGAAAUGACAUCCUAUCGCAGGGAACUAUCGCUGGUCGCUCAGGAGCCACGCCUCUUCGAAGGCAGUAUUCGCGAGAACAUCACCCUCGGCCUCGACCAGUCGGAGUUCACCGAGGAGGAAUUUAUCCAAGCAUGCAAAGACGCAGAGAUCCAUGAUUUCAUUACAUCGCUUCCAGAAGGCUACGCCACGGAGCUCGGCAUCAAAGCACAGACAUCGCUCAGCGGUGGCCAGCGUCAAAGACUCUGUAUUGCGCGUGCAUUGCUCCGGAAGCCGUCACUCCUGCUUCUGGACGAGGCAACUUCGAGCCUGGACUCGCAGUCAGAAAAGGUGGUGCAGGGCGCUAUGGAACGUCUGGCCCAAAAGAGGAGUCUGACCAUCGUCGCGGUUGCUCAUAGACUGGCUACUAUCCAGAAAGCAGAUACUAUCUACGUUUUUGGGACAGCCCAUGCCGGCCAAGCGUCUCGGAUCGUGGAACAGGGGACGCACCAGGAACUGCUCCGGGCUAAGGGGACGUAUUGGCAGAUGGUAAGUAGCCUUCGAUUUUUGACAUAA